CCCACACUCAGAGGCAGAUCUCCGCUCUCAUGGCUUCUCUCAGGUCUGCGUCCCUCCUGGCUCUGAGCUCCCUGAUCUGUCACCUGGCUGCUUCCUGUAAAGAGAAGAGAAGAGAUGAGAGAGAAGAAGCCCCAAACCUGAACCAGAACCUGAAAGCUCGACCUGGACACAAUAUCACUCUGAGCUGUCAGGCUCCUGAUGGUGUCGACAUCACAGUGGCAGAGUGGAGACGAACUGACCUGAAGGAACUAGAACCUGUUUUCCUUUAUCGAGACGGACACAUUGACUCAGAGAACCAGCAUCCAUCUUUUAAGAAUCGGGUGGAGCUGAUAGAUGGAGAGAUGAAGAACGGCAACCUGUCUGUGAUUCUGAAGAACGUGACUGAAUACGACAACGGAACAUACGAGUGUCGCAUUAAAGCUGCUGGGGCCAAACGCAUGAAGAGAGCCAUUAUUAAAACCAAGCCCAUCAGCACCAUCCAGCUGGAGGUUGUAGAUCCAGACCCUGUGAAUGACUGUGACCGUGAUGAAGCCGCUAGGAGUAGUCAAGCUGCAGCAGCUGUGGUUCCUGUACUUAUUCUGGUUCUUUCUGCUGUGGCUGUUCUGUUGUGCAGAAAACAAAAAGCAAGUGUAGAACACAGGAAGUAGAACAGGGAGAUUGCAGGAGCUCCUCAGCUGAAAGCAGAGGAGUGUGUCAGGAGUGUGUUAGGAGUGUGUUGUAGUUCUGGAUCAAGACGCUGCCUCAGCUGCACUUAGAGUUCUCAUAGCUGAACCCAGGUCUCCUCACAUAGAAGUCCUGUGCCUUACAGAUGUACCAUCCUCCCAGCUGACGUGCUGCUGCAGCUGUUUUUCUCUUCACAUCAUGUCUGCUCCCCGAGGUGUGAGGGCAGCAGCAGUGAAACACUGAAUCUGUGCUGUGUGGCCACUCCCCCGUGGCUGCACACAGACUUUGGAAAUGGGUUUAAGAAGGAGCCACAGUUUCACUGUUGGCCUGCCAGACCAUCUCCACUUCUUUGGCUGAAUCGAGCGAGAACGUCUGCAAAAGGUGAUCGACAGCUGGUUCAGUUUUGACUGACAGAGGGUUGUGAGCCUCUGAUUGGUCAGAUUAACUAAUGACUGAUGGUUACCCCACCCUCCGGUCUGCAGAGAUACCUUUCUUGACUGGCUCGUCGUUUGCAGGCUGAUGGCUUGGCUCGUCCUUAGCCUCCAAGCCUGGCAGUGAGUCCCUCCCUGCUCCAUAACUGAAGUCCCGGCUCUGUUAGUGCCAAACAAAUGCACACCGUCACGGUCUCAGUUAGGCCUGCCUCUUAUUGGCUGGAGAAAAAGCCGUGUAGCCACUGACUUUGGAAAACCACUCGCCCCCAAAAGAGCCAAAAGCUACACAGAGCAGACUGUAAAGAUAUGUAGGACAUUACAAAAUAAUCCCUCAUCCAUCAUUUCUUCAUUUGUUUUGCUUGGUUUAAUGCCUGUUUUUAGUGUUUGUUCUCCCUCGUCCUGUUGCUUCUGUAUUGAUCCAUUCUCCCCAGCAGGGGGCAGCUAGAGUUCUCAUAUUCUGCCCGACCCGACCCGACCCGACCCGACAUU